AUGGACUCUUCGGGCCUUCUCACCACUAAGGCUGGCUCAAGGGAAAUCCUUCCUCGUCCUGCCCCGACUCCUAUUCUGGGAAUGGACCCCACAACCCGGCGAAGAGUGACAUGCGUACAAGACUCGCAAUCUUGCAUUCCACUCUCAUACCAGCUCAAGGAUGGCGACAUUAUCCUGCUUCUCACUCCCGCAGUCGUGCCCGAGAUGAGCCCACUAAACCGCGAUGCAAACAAGCCGCCUAGCGACCCCUUUGAGCCCUUAGGCAAGGCUCUGGCUAAGCACCAUUCCUGGGUUCGCCAUGUCCCCUAUCUGCCGCGCAAUGGAAUCACCGGCACACAUGUGGUGCACAUUAGGCUAGCUGCCGCUGUGGUCUUUGUCAUUUCGGGUCCUCCGCAUCAUGGACAACCCUCGCAAGCGAAUCUAGCCGAAAUCGUACGAACUCUUUGCGAGAACCGACCUCAGAUUAUUUUGACCUGCUGCGCCGUACAAGAACUGGGGCCUCUCGAGAAGUCCUUCCCUACGGUGAUUGAGGUACCCGGCUUUGCUCCUUCGGAUCUGGAGGCUGCCGCCAAUGUCCUGUUCCAGGAGACACGGAGAUCGCGCCCUAGGUCUCCCAAUAAUAUCCAGAAAAGCCUCGUCACUGCGCCAAGAGCCUGGGCCGUUGAGGUCUGGGACGCAAAUCGCGAUGUGACCGAGAUCCUCGAUUUAUGGUGUCGGUGUUUUCCAGAACCCUUUCGCCUCGGCCGCUAUCAGUUCCAGUCAAUCCUUCGCCGCGACGGUUAUGCGAUGCAUUACGUAGUUCGCGAGCCUGGAGGUUCGCAGGUCCUCGGCUUCUGCGCGACCUACACCAUCUAUGCCGACAGUGGCGGUGAGCGUCUGCUUGGUUCCCUGGCAGCGCUUUUAGUGCACCCCUCAUACCGUCGACGGGGGAUCGGCACAAGUCUCCAUGACCAUGCCCUGCGCCAGCUCACUAAGACACGCGGGGUCUGUCGUCUGCAACUUGGGAGCACUUUCCCGAGACUUUUCUACGGGCUGCCAGUCGACUCGCCUUUUGAGUCCUGGUUUGAGCACCGCGGAUGGCCGAUAAAACCUCACUCUGCUGCUAACCUUUCAGGACAUGAGGUCUGCGACUGGCUCUUGACAUUCAAGGAUUGGCCGUCGACGGGCUUGGUCCCAUUUCACCUCGCCUUUCGGCCAUGCGAGCUUACCGAGUUCGAUAUGGUCCUGGACUUUGUCGACAAGGAGUCGAGGAGAAAGGACAACAUGGGGUGGUACGACCAGUACGCCAAGCUGGCAAACACAAUGAAUAUUCACGACAUUAUCCUCGGCCUUGAAGGAGACACGAUCGUUGCAACGGCCCUGACGUACUUCAAGGGCACCGGGAGUCCGGCAGCCGAGGAUCUUCCGUGGGCGAACACGGUCACGGAUCAGGUUGGCGGGGUGACGUGCAUCUGUGUGAGCGAUACAGUACCAAAUACUGCAAAGAAGCGAGAUGCUGUCUUGAUUAGGCUUCUCAACAGCUGCAUUCGUCGUCUGAGAGAGCAGGGGAUGACCAAGCUCUUCAUUGACGCGGUCAAAGGGGGUGAUGAGGGUUUCCAAUCCAUGGGCUUUCAAAAGUGGGCUAGAUACAGAGACGUCUGGAGGAAUGUCUAA